AUUACCGUUACGAAGAUCCCGUCAUCUCCGAGACGGACGAGACUAAUGAAGUGGAGAUUUCGCAGGUCGUGGAGCAAAAUCCGGUGCAAUUCUACCCUCCGGAAAACAAGGCCAGCAAACCCAUCAAGCCCAAGAAAACCAUCUCAGAUUCCUACAUGACGCAAGUCAUUACCUGUGAAACCAAGAUGAGAGACAAAUGCAGAGGCUCAACGUGCAACAGGUAUUUGUGCCCAGCUGGCUGCUUGUACAGUAAGGGAAAGAUCUUUGGAACAUUUUAUUAUGAGAGUUCCUCAAGCAUAUGUCGUGCUGCAAUUCAUUACGGCAUCCUGGACAAUAAAGGAGGGCUGGUUGAUAUCACGAGGAAGGGGAGGACACCCGCUUUUGUGAAGUCUACCAGGAAUGGUGUGGAGUCCUUCAGGAAAAGUAAGCCUUCAAAUGCGUUCAUGGUUUCUAAAGUCACAACACAGACGCUGGAUUGCUACACGACAGUAGCCGAGCUGUGCCAGUUCAAAAAGCCGGCGACCCAUUGCCCAAGGAUUUAUUGUCCAGCCCACUGUAAAGAUGAGCCGUCGUACUGGGCACCGGUGUUUGGCACAAACGUUUACGCAGAUAGCUCCAGUAUCUGCAAAACUGCAGUGCACGCAGGAGUCAUCUCGGAUGAAAGAGGCGGUUUUGUGGAUGUGAUGCCUGUAGAAAAGAAGAAAAGUUAUGUCGGCUCCUUAAAGAACGGAGUCCAGUCUGAGAGCUUGAAGAAUCCUUCAGAUGGAAACGCUUUCCGAAUUUUUGCCGUGAAGCAGUAAACUCCCAGGGAAAGUGCAGGUUUCUUUGGGAGAGCGCUCUGUUGAUCUCCAGAGACAGGAAGGCUCCUCUGAUGGCAUCAGCUCUGACCGUACCCUCCUUGCCGAUCUCUUUCAGGGAAUCAAAAAAAGAAAAGGAAAAAAAAAAAAGACAAAA